AUUAAUUACUGGGCAAGUGCUAGCUUCGAGGGUCCUUUGGAGUUACACGCACAGCAGCGCAAGUUUCAGGAAGCGCUUAAAUAUCACUAUUUGUGUGGGAGGCUAGAAAGAGCGUCAUGGAAUCUUCUUCGAAUCUGCUCGAACGCAAGAAAUCGGUCAGCGAUUUGUCUGCCGAGGUGGAGGAGACCUCCACAGCAACCACUGGCCUGGACUCGUCUGGCCACUCGUCUGCCGGUGCGGGGACCACUGCAACCACAACAGCCACGCAACACGGAAGCGAUGAGACCGAGGAAGAUAUUUUCGAGCAGGUACAAAUGAUACUUCGCAAGCGUCGCGGCUGGGGACCGGAUGAUUCCCUCAGCAAUGAUCUACAUUUGCUGGAGUACGACGAUGAGCUGGGCGAGGAGGACGAUGCCGGAUGCCCACUGCCCUCCACACCGGAGGACACACAGCUCAUCGAGGCUGAGAUGACGGAAGUACUGAAGGCUGGGGUGCUGUCCGACGAAAUCGAUUUGGGUGCAUUGGCCCACAAUGCCGCGGAGCAGGCUGAGGAGUUUGUACGCAAGGUGUGGGAGGCCAGCUGGAAGGUGUGCCACUACAAAAACCUACCAAAAUGGCUGCAGGAUAACGAUUUUCUACACCGCGGACAUCGCCCACCGUUGCCCUCGUUCCGCGCUUGCUUCAAAUCGAUUUUCCGCAUUCACACGGAGACGGGAAACAUUUGGACCCAUUUGCUGGGCUUCAUUGCGUUCCUUGGCGUCGCUGUGUACUUCAUUACGCGUCCAUCGGUGGAAAUUCAGACACAGGAGAAGAUCGUUUUUGGCGCCUUCUUUAUUGGGGCAAUUGUUUGCUUAGGAUUCUCAUUUACUUUCCACACACUGAGCUGUCACUCUGUAGAGAUGGGAAGACUGUUUUCAAAACUGGACUACUGUGGAAUUGCGCUGCUAAUUAUGGGAUCUUUUGUGCCUUGGCUGUACUACGGUUUCUACUGUCAUUACCAGCCAAAGGUGAUCUAUCUGUCAGUGGUCUGUGUCCUGGGCGUGCUCUCCAUCAUUGUCUCGCUGUGGGAUAAGUUCUCGGAGCCAGCACUUCGUCCAUUGCGCGCUGGCGUUUUCAUGAGCUUUGGACUGUCCGGCGUCAUUCCAGCCAUUCACUACAGCAUCAUGGAAGGAUGGUUCAGUCAGAUGAGUCGUGCCAGUCUGGGAUGGCUAAUCCUCAUGGGCCUACUCUACAUCAUCGGUGCCUUGCUGUAUGCCCUACGUGUGCCCGAGCGUUGGUUCCCUGGAAAGUUCGACAUUUGGGGACAAUCGCACCAGAUAUUCCACAUCCUUGUGAUUGCUGCGGCCUUUGUGCACUAUCAUGGCAUCUCCGAGAUGGCCAUGUACCGUGUCAUGUAUAGCGAGUGCACCGUGCCGAUUGAGCCUAUUACCUUCUAGAAGCUGAAUGUGGAUACUGAGGAUACAAUCAUACAAUCAUAAAUACAUAGAAUCCCACACAUACGAGUAUAUUCACAUACACAAUACUGCGAUCUAGCGCAAUUUUACAAUGCAACCGUUUUUAGCGUUUGGUGAGCAUCUGUACCUUGUUAUACGAAUAGAUGAAAACCGAUCCAUAUUCCAGGCAUAAUUUACGCGCAUUUAUCAUCCAAUUCAAAAUCGUUCAUUAUACAAAAGGGAAAUCUAGCAAAACGUUAAUUAUCGAAUGAAAUUUGCAGUAGAGUAAUUAAUAUAUGUACAACUAUUUAUAAAAUUCCAAUUUCGUUUACUUAAUAUUAUCUUUAGUUGAUGAAAGGGAUUGCUUGCAAAGGGACGAAAUGCCAGGGUCAUUCAUGGCCAGGUGGGGAUUGUGGAGCCUUCGCUCAGGCUUACGGUUACUCUCUCUAUACUGUAGAACCAUUCGAAAAGGCAAGCAAUUUCCUCUUUUAAGUUAUAGAAUUAGAUGAAUUAGAAUCAUUAGGAUUACAUGGAAUAGUGAACACAGAUCUAAAACGUUAUACGAGGUCUAAAUUUACGUUAAAUUCUAAAUCCAAUCACACACAUACUCGUACUAGGGCUUGUUUUCACAGCAGCUACCAUCACAUACAUAUAUUACAAUAUGCAUGGCCGAUCUAUUACCAACACGCGGCGAAGUGCAAACAAUAAAUAAAGAGAAGACUUCUGAUUUGUA